AUGAACAAGUCUGAUACUAUUCACAAUUAGGAAAAUAUUGAUCCAAACAUCAUUCGUAACUUAUCUUCACAGCAAAAGAAGAUUCCUAGAAGUUCAGGAUAAAAAACACCAUGGAGUGCAAAGUAUCAUUCACCUAUUAUCCUUUAAAGCACUGGAGAAAUUAGCCAUUCUACCAAUGAUGACAUAGAGAUAUCAUGCUUUUAAGUAGGACCAGUCAAAACUACUCAAUUAUCACCUAAUUAAGCCAUCGUAUGUUAAUCUAGAUUAGAGUAAUAUUUGACUUCGAAUAAUGUCCCUGAUAUACUUUCCUAUUUGGAUGAAUUUGAAGAUCUUGAUUGGGUCAAGUCCAAUUAUAUUACUCACAUUAUUGAGAUGAUAGUGAAAUAAGAGAAGGAAUAUUUGAAAUAGAAGGAUUGUUGGAUUAACAGCUAUAUUAACAAGUAAGAAUUAUCUGCUCACUCGAUAAAUCAUUAAGAUGAUCUUUAGUGUGUCAUCUAGAAUUGGAGCAUAAGAAGGCUACUAUGCUCUUUAUGA